ACGCAAAGCAAUAGUCUAGAAGUCCGACCUGGAAUUCAUAAAGACCCAACCCCUUUAAACUUACAACAGUAGCCGGUGGUCCUCUCUAUUCCAAUCUGCUCGCGCUACGGAGUACCAUCACCAUCACCACCAUCACCGCCACCAAUCCAUCAUGCCCCCAACCGAUCCUGAGAUCUCAGCCCUCCUGGGCCCUGGUCCUCCCCAAGGCCUAGGAAAAAUAGGAACCAUGCGAUGGGCCGCCAAAAAUCCUCCGAAAGACCCCCAGACCAGCUUGGCGGGGAAAACGGUUCUGGUGACUGGCUCCAACACGGGGUUAGGGUACCACGCCGCCCUCAAGUUUGCCGCGAUGGGCGCCUCCCGGCUAAUCCUCGCCGUGCGCACCAUCAGCAAAGGCGAAGAAGCGAAACGCAGAAUCAUAGAGGCAACGUCCGGUGGCACAUCCACCACCAUCACUGUUCUCCCGCUCGACAUGAAUAACUUCGCCUCGGUCAGGGCCUUCCCGGGUCUCCUUGAACAGGCAAACAUCCGCACCUUGGAUAUAGCCGUGUUGAAUGCCGGCAUCGCCCCACCCACUUACCAAGUGAACGCCUCGACGGGCUGGGAGUCUGCCUUGCAGGUUAAUGUGCUGGCGACCGCGCUUCUCGCCAUUAUCCUGAUGCCCAUUCUCAUGACCACUACGGCCACCAACGGUGGUCGGCCCGCGCAGUUGACCCUCACUGGUAGUUUUGCGCACCUGUACCUAACCACCAAGGAUCUGCCGACGGUCGCGCCCGGUCAGAAGGUGUUGGAAGCGAUCAAUUCGCCCCGGGCUUUUAACGUCGAAACCUCCUAUGCGGUGAUGAAGUUGUUGACCAUGUAUGUGAUGCAGGGGCUGGUGAAGGAUUAUGCCGGGAGUGAAUCAACCCCGGAGGUGACCAUCAACGUGGCCUGUCCGGGGUUGUGCACGACGGACUUGGGCCGGGACUUUCCCUGGUACGUCGUGCUGCCAUCCAAACUGAUGCAGAUGUAUUGCGCGAGAUCGGCCGAGGAGGGCAGUCGCGCGUUAGUCAGUGCGACUUUGUUGGGGACAGCUGGCCAUGGGAAAUUUUGGUCGAAUGAUGUCUUCACUGAACCGGGGAUCAUGGUCACCAGCGAGGAGGGACGGAGGCUGCAAGCACAAACCUGGGCCGAGAUUGUGACGGUGUGUAAGAGUCAGUUGAACUGAGAGGAAAGGAGGGUCAGCUGGUCAGAAGGCACUCGUCUCUAGUUAUUACCAAAUUCGAUCUAUAAUUGUUGGAUGAAAAGAAAAUGGUUCCUCUGAUAUGAAAUACCAAGACACAGUUGCUUCGCUCCGCACCCAAGGUUCAUGUCUCCAGUGACAUAUCCUUUUUCAGAAAUUGUAUAUCCCUCAGAGCGUUCUGGUAAGGUUUCCCUUAUCCUUACGAUGCACGCCUCAAUAUCGCCCUAAUGUCAUUCAAAGUCUGCUUCACCGAUCCUGCUCCCCCAUCAACGUCCUUGAAAUAACCCAGAUUAUGAUGCUUUAACAUUACCUCUAGUAGCGCCGAUGCAGAUGCAUUAUCU